UUGACAGCUGGGCAGGGGGAGGGGCCAGAGAGAGGCGAGAGAGACGGAGGAGACGGGCGAAGCGCCGGAGCGAAGUCGCCGAGAAUCCGCCGCCAUCCUGCGCAUCUACCGCCCAACCCUGCCCCGGCAUUAUACCGCAUUCACCACCGAGGACACCCCACUCACAACAGGCAGAUCGGGAGAGGCGCAGAGAAAAAUUUCCCUACUAGAUGACAUUUCAUCGCAAUGUCCGAUCGUUUGGGGCAGAUAUCCAAGGGAAAGGAUGGGAAAAGCAAGUACUCGUCUCUCAACCUGUUUGACAAGUAUAAAGGGAAGUCAAUAGAAGCCGUCAGAACCACAGUUAUACCUAGACAUGGCUUACAGAGUCUUGGGAAAGUUGCCGCUGCCCGGCGUAUGCCACCCCCUGCGAACCUGCCAAGCUUGAAAUCUGAAAACAAAGGAAACGACCCCAAUAUAAUUAUAGUGCCCAAAGACGGAACAGGAUGGGCAAACAAACAAGAGCAACCAGACCAAAAGAGUUCCAGUGUAACAGUUCCUCCGCAGCCGGAGUUGCUGCCGCCGCAGGGUUUGCAGAAGUCUGUCUCCAAUUUACAGAAACCGAACACAGCGAACAGUCCGGAGAUUAUAAAUUUAGUGCCAGGUGGGCCAAAGUCAUGGGCUCAGCUGAACGGAAAGCCAGCAGGACAAGAAGGUGGUUCAAGGGGCUCAAACCGACUGUUGUCCUUCUCUCCCGAGGAAUUUCCAACACUGAAAGCAGCUGGAGAGCAAGACAAGGCUGGCAAAGAAAAGAGCGUCUUAGAUCCGUCGUAUGGGCCCGGACCAAGCCUCCGCCCCCAGAGUAAGCCCCUCGCCCUGCUUCCCGAUGUCACCAGUUGGAGGGAGGGCGGUGGGAGAAGCAUCUCUGGUGGCGUAUCUCCAACCGUCUCUCCUACUGAGCCGGGCAGCAAACCCUCCAUCCCUGGAGAUGGGGCCCCCUCCACAGCGCAAGCUAACGAUUCGAAAGAGCUUUCGCUACGCCCAGCUCAGCCCAACAGAAAAGGGGCUUCGCAGUUCGCGGGGAACGCAUAUCACCCGCCUACUUACCAUGAUAUGCUGCCAGCUUUUAUGUGCUCUCAGCAUUCAUCGGAACCCACUGGGACAUCGGACCGAGCUUCCUUCCCCGUCCUGACCACUUCCCAAUCCCGCCCUGAACCCCGUGUACCUUUCAGACAAUACCAGAUAAACCAUCAUGAAGGGAAAGAGAACCGACCUAACGGCAGCUUCCGUCCAGUACGCCCACAACGCCCUCAACCAGAGAAAGCUCCAAGGGCUACCAUCAUUAAUGCCGAAGAUCUUAAAGAGUUGGAUGAUUUGGAUAAUGAUGCCGAAGACGGCUGGGCAGGCAUUCAUGAUGAAGUAGAUUAUUCUGAGAAGUUGAAAUUCAGUGAAGAUGAAGAAGACGAAGAAGUUGCAAAAGAGAGAAGCAAAUGGAACGGCUGGGAGUGUAGAAGGCAGCGUCAGGUUUCCUUUAACUCCACUGACAGCGCAGAAGCAAAGCAUCCUGCUGAGGACGGGAAGGUUUGGAGCGAUCCAGCGUCCCAUUCUCGCCCUGUCAGGAGGGCACAGGAGCCUGUGCAACAAGCAACUCGUAAACCAAACAGCUGGGCUGCCGUGGCUGAGCACUCGAAGCCUGCUCCCACUGCAGUCUUGCGGCAGCAGUCUGUAGAAGAGAAGGAAGAGAAACUGCCUCCGCGGCAGAAGUUUGUACCAUCUGAAAUAUCCGAAGCAGUCGAGCGAGCUCGCAAGCGACGUGAAGAGGAAGAGCGCCGGGCUCGGGAAGAACGACUCGCAGCCUGUGCUGCAAAACUCAAACUGCUGGAUCAAAAGACCAAACAGGCAUCAAAAUCUGGUAGUGAGACCCCAAAGCGCUUGGAAAAUAAGGAGAACGAGGACCCCAGGUCUCCAGUUUCAGACCGGAGCGGCACUCAGGAAACCGCACCAAACUUCCGAAGAGAGUACUCUCAGGAAUCUCCAUCUGAUUAUUUAGAUGAAGAGGUUCCUGCAGUUACCAGAGAGGAGGUCAGCAGUGAGGAAGAAUGUACAGAGCCCACUUCUCCAGCCCAGGAUUUCGGCAAGCACCAGAAACUCAUUCCACCCAGAUUUCAGAGGCAGCAGCAGGAGCAGUUAUACAAGAUGCAGCAGUGGCAGCAGCAGCAAGCUGCAUAUGUAGCCUCUACCCACAACCCACAGCGUACUUUCUAUUCACAUCACCCGCAGAUGUUGGGGUUUGAUCCUCGCUGGAUGAUGAUGCCCUCUUACAUGGACCCCAGGAUGACUCAGGGUCGUGCUACGGUGGAUUUCUAUCCCUCUUCUAUACAUCCCCCAGGUGUGAUAAAGCACAUGAUCCAACAAGAGUCCAUUGGGGGAGGCUGCCAGACUGAUGAAUGCCGCUCUACACUGCCAACCGAGCGGAGGCCCCAGCCUGCAGAACCAGUCUCCGGCUGGAGCCAGGACGGUUACAUGCACAUGCAGAGCAAGGUCUACUCCCUACCGCAGCAAAAGCAGAUGGAAAACACAACGGAAGGAGGAUACAGCAGGAAUGAAAGCGGUUACUCUUCUUCGAGGGAAAGGCUGGAGGGAGUGCACACCCACCAUGAAGCUUUAGAAGAGAGGAGAGAAGAUUAUCUGACUUCCAGCGGUUAUGAAAAUAAGCCUUCUGGUAGCUUUGGUAGCUGCAUUUCACCUCCAAGAAGAGGACAGGAGGUCUCAUUCCAACAUCUGGAAAGCACAGCAGAUGCUAGCAGCAGCAGAGGACAGCAAAGCAGUGCACAGUCUAGGGCAUCAGAGUUUGCAAAUGAUAAAUCUCAUUUCAAUGGUUGGGGCUAUUCGCAUCAUCAGAAGUCUUCUGAUACAGCUAGUAGUGCAGAAGAGGAUCAUCCUGUGGGUUCCAAACCGUGGAAGGCAGAAGAUAAAGGGAGCCAAGACACCACAGGAGAAACAGGCUGGCUACGAGAGUCUAACACCAGUAACCAGCAACAAACCGAGCAUCUUGGAAGAAGUCGUCGGUCCGGCCCAAUAAAGAAGCCCGUUCUAAAAGCCCUUAAAGUGGAGGAGAAAGAGCUUGAGAAGAGCAAGCCUGAAACAAAAGAUCCUGCUAAAACUAUGAAAGAAACACUGCUAUCGAAGCUUGAUACUGUGGUAACGAUGGAAUCAAGUGGAUUAAGCUCUUGUUCCAGCUCUACAAUAGAUGAUAAAACCCAUUCCCAGUCUAAUAUCCAAGAAUCUGAUAAAAUUCCUCAGGAGAAAGCAGAAAGAGCUUGGGACAGCAAACAGUCUCCCCACGAAUCCAACACCAUCCCCCAAACCAAGAAAAGCAAUUGGAUAUUCAUAGAUGAAGAGCAGGCUUUUGGGAAUAGAUCCCAUGGACGUGGAAGGGGCAGGGGUUUCAGAGAUUUUGGUUUCAGAGGCCGGGGUUCUACUGGCCCUUACAAUGGACAAAGAAUCAGCAGAGGUCGGGGGCUUCGGGAAUUUAACCCUCCUGAAGAUUUCAGGAAUAAAGCCUCCCGACGGCGUGUUGCAAGUGAAACGCACAGUGAAGGAUCAGAGUAUGAGGAACUUCCCAAGCGUAGACGCCAGCGAGGGUCAGAGAAUGGCAAUGAGCCUGUCUUGGAAAGAGAAACGGAUGACUUGAGGAAAGGAGAUUUUCAAGACUCAUGGAGGUCUAAUAGAAAUUACUCUGAUGAUUCAAAUAAUAUGGACUCUAAAUCCAGAGCCCCAAGGGCUUUUGGAAGAUCACUUCCACCCAGGCUUAGCAACAGUUACGGCAGAAGGCCCUUCACCUCUAAGGAGUCUUCACAUUGGAAUGCCAAAUUGGGAAGCUCUACAUGGCAAGAAUAUAAUGCACCUGUUGAUCAAUAUGGAACCCGCCAUAACACAGACAGAGACUUUGCACAUGACUACAGGUAUUCUGACACAUACCAGAACAGAGGUUUUGAUGAAAGCCAAGGAGAUGAUAGGCGGCAAUUUUUCCAAGACGAAUAUUCGGAUAGAGAGAGCCUAGAAAAAAGAUCUUUUGGUAGGAGACGGCCCCCUCGCCAAGAUAAACCCCCACGGUUUCGACGUCUCAGGCAGGAGAGAGAACCAGUCGGUCAUUGGAGUGGUGAAGAAGUUGGUAAUACUGUGAACAAUCAUGACCAUUGGCAGGCACGCCCAAAGAUACCUCUAGAUGAGAUAUCUGGGCCACCUGCCAGGAGGUCGCCGGAACGGUCUUACCAUAACUCUGACCAUGUCAAUGAGGAGUGGGAGACUGCGUCAGAAAGCAGUGACUUUAGUGAGAAGAGGCCUGUUGACGUGGAUGGAGAAGGGAACCUCUCCGGAAAUGGGUUUUCUGAAAAGCGAGAGUUAUCUAAAAGGAGUUUCUCUAGCCAGAGGCCGCUAGUAGACCGUCGUAAGGUGGAGUCUUCGGCAUAUGAUGAAAAACCAAUAAAGGUCAACGGAAAUUCUUCCCGUGGUGAUUACCAACAAAGCUCAGCUUCUUUGAAGGGCAGUCGCUGCUCUGAAGAGUCUUAUGCUCAAGAGAGUAGCCACCAUAGAUACGGAUUGGAGAGGCCUGCGCAGUGCGACAGCGGAGAUGCUUCGGGGAAGAAGCUGGAAAGGGAGUGCAGACCCGCUGUUCUCAAAGCCAGCGAAAAGCCAGAGGCCAUCACAGCUUUUGAUCUGAAAUACGGAGAAUCUGUUAUAGAGGAGGAAGUUGAGCUAGGAGGGGACACUUAUUCUGACAUGAGUAAGUCCCGGCGGACUUUGGACAAGGAUCGCAGGAAGAAGGAUCAGGUGGUUCAGGUGCCUUCCAAGAGCAACAGCAUACAGUCUAGGAUCCCCCCUCGCUUUGCCAAAAAGCAGAAUGGUAUGUGCCUGGACCAGAGUGACGUCACUGGCAAAGAGAUCUGGGAGAGCAGCAGCCAAGGAAUCUCUGUUCAAUCCGGCAGCGACUCCUGGAGCAAGCCAGGAAGCACUUUCAGUACGGAGUCCACCUCCACUGAGGGUUUCAAAGGCAGUCAGGGCGACAGCGGCAUUGACUUGAGUGCCGAGUCUCGAGAAUCGUCCGCCACCUCUUCACAACGUAGCUCUCCAUAUGGGACUAUGAAACCUGAGGAGAUGAACGGCACAGUCAUGGUGGAGCCGAAAGCGGACUGCCCUAGUGAGCAGGGGCAGAAACAACCAGACAAGAAGGAACUAGAGACUGGUUCUGGACUGAACAAGGAGCACAAACCUGGUCCCAUUGGCAAUGAGCGUUCUCUAAAGAACCGGAAAGGGUCAGAAGGGACAGAGCGCCUAGAUGGGAGCGUGCCACCUGUAAAUGGGGUGGAGAUUCAUGUGGAUUCAGUUCUUCCUGUUCCUCCCAUUGAAUUCGGAGUAAGCGCUAAAGACGCUGAUUACUCCUUAACCCCGGUGGCUGCUUCAGGUCCCACUGCUAACACAGUUACAAAACUCCAGAAUGCACUGGCCAGCAAGGCAGGACUUUCUCAGUCCAUCCCGAUGCUGAGACGAGACCACCACCUGCAGCAAGGCAUGGGUCUAAACCCGAUGUCCUACCCCACUGCUGACCUCACGCUCAAAAUGGAGUCAGCCCGCAAGGCUUGGGAGAACUCGCCUGGUUUGCCAGAACAGAAUUCUCCGGCAGGGCCUGGCUCAGGAAUACAGCCACCCUCCAGUGUGGGCGCCUCCACUGGUGUUAAUUACAGCUCAUUUGGUGGAGUGUCUAUGUCUCCCAUGCCCGUUGCUUCUGUGGCCCCUUCAGCCUCUCUUCCAGGUAACCACAUACCCCCUUUGUACUUGGAGAGUCAUAUGUUUGCUGGCCAGCCACGCCUAGUUCAGCAGACAAUACCUCAACAGCAAGGAUACCAGCAGGUAUGGGCGGCAGCAGCCCAGCAGAUCCCCAUUUCUCUCCACACCUCCCUACAGGCUCAAGCUCAGCUGAGUAUGCGUGGAGGACUGCCGGUCUCCCAGUCCCAGGAAAUGUACAGCUCAAUGCAGCCCUUUAGAUCCCAGGUGUACAUGCACCCCAGCUUGUCACAACCCAGUGCCAUGGUACUGACCAGUGGUACAGGCCUCAAGCCUCAGUACUCCCCAUUUCCAGGAAUGCAGCCACUGGAGAUGGUAAAGACUCAGUCAGCCUCCCCAUACCAACCCAUGAGUGGAAGUCAGCAACUUGUGUAUGAGAGUCAGCUCAACCAGGCAGCGGGAAUGGGUGCCUCUCAAAUGAUGGACUCCCAGCUCACACAGUUAACCAUGCCAAUGGCUGGCUCUCAACUUCAGAUGCCUCGCUAUAACUCUGGCCAACAGCCAAUGCUUCUGCCACAGUCCAUUCAGCUCCCACAAGGGCAGAACUUACCAGUCGGAGCUCCGCGGAGGAUGCAGCCUUCAGUCCUGACUGCAAGUCGAGAAAGGGUGAACUACAACAACCGUUUAUUUACCACCUACUCCAGCUCACAGUCUUCUCAGAUGGAGAUGAAAGGGUUUCAUUUCACGGAAGGUAAACAGAGCAUGCCGACCUCCGCCUCCAUGCAGACACAGCACUCCUAUCGGCCAGGUUCAGCUAGUCCCAGUGGAAAGUCACCAGGACCGGGGCCAUCUGCCAACUUGGGACACUAUCCUCAGCAGGUAAAACAAAGGACUGAAGAUAACAAAUGCAGCCUGGGAUCCCCCCAAGUUUCUGAGCAGCCCACUGUAAGUCAGAUGAAGUCAGUUCGGACAGGAGCCAUCAAGCCUUCAACGGCGAAAAUUGAGGAAAGUGCAGCCUAAGAAGCGUCCCCUCUGUAAAUACCAACUAGUUCUUCACGCCUACCAACCACCUACAUUUCCUCCUCCUUUGGAUUCUUCCUUAUUUGAGAGCCUCCUACGUUACCUCCAGUCACAUGGACAAGCGGACAGUAAACCCUCUGAACAGUUUGAAAAACUACCUGUAUCCACCUCCUUAGAUUUCUUGCUGAAUGGACUCCUUUGUUUAAACAGGAGCAUCUUGAGCCUUUACCAUUGCUGUCCCAGUCCCCCUUCCCCACCAUCCCUCAUCAUGCGGCCAUACAGUCUGUGAUUUGUUGUUGUCUUAUGUCCCCGUUUCCAUUCUCUGACGCAGAGCAGCGGAUUUGCAUCAGUUGUUACUUUAAAUAAGGUUUUAAAUGACUCUGUUCCCUAAUCUCUUUUUUUUAUUUUAUUUUUCAUAUAUAUAUAUAUUUAAUGCAAUUGUAGUUUACAAGUCUGCAGAGAUUAUUUUAUUGCCCUAUAGCGCAUUGUGCGUGAUACCUUUUUUUUUUUAUUCUUUUUUUUUUUUUUUUUUUUCUUUCUUUCUUUUUUAACCCUCUUGUAUUCACUUUUAGGUCUGUCCAACCGAUUCUUGGAAGAUCUUUUGUGUAGGUAUAGAAGGCUGCAGCGCAUGAAUGACAGCUUUUGCUAGAAUAGAACUUUGUAAACCUUUAACAAAGGUCUGCUCAGUGAGGUUUUCUCUGCCAUCAAAUGUUUUAGUUCUAAUACAUCUUCAUAGAAAAUAAGCUAUAGAUCGACUAUGUAUCAUACAAACUCAAUUGAAUAUUCACCCUCCGUUCCUGCUGUGGAUAUCUAGUUCUGUCCAAUGUGGCCUCAUGCUUGGGUCAGGUUGGGAACUAAUUUAUAAAUAUUAUUUGUUAUUGUUUUUUUUCUGCUUGGAUCACUUUACCUAGAUUUAAAAAAACUUUUUUAAUUCCGAGCCUCUUUACAUGUCAGAAGCAUCAGCGUGGCGAGGACAGUCCUUGGAGAUGUUUGGCUUGUCUGCAGUUAUGUAGAUCAUAUGCCAGCUGAGCAAACAGGUAGAUUCUUAAAACCACAUCUUGGUGCAUCAGCAAUUUUCUGCCCUCCAUGUACUCAGUCUUCAUAUGCUCUGGUUAUUUUAGGUGAACUCUAGCUCCUGUUAAGUGGUUGUUGCAAGUUUUAGCUGUCUGAGACAUUCAGCAAGAGUUUAAUAGAAAUCAGGAUUUUAUUUCAUGGUAUAAACAGAGGUUUAGAGUCAAUAAUUCAUUGGCAGCAGCCACAAAACAAUGUCUAGUUUUAAAGUUCCUUUCCUGGCCCCUUAGCAGUUCCACACCCUAGGCCUAGGUUGGCCUGUUGGUUAAUCCAGUUGCCAACUGCAUGAUUGUAUGUCAGAGCCCUUAUUUUUGUAAUACUGUAUGCUGGAACGGGUUUUUAUUUUAAUUAUAAUGUGAUGUAGCUGCUGUUCAUAAACUCCUACAAGUCUCUGUCCUCCAUGUAAAGGUGGAGGUUCAGUUAAGUGCAGGGAUUCCGCUGCGCACAUUUCUGACAGUCAUGGGAGGAAAACAUCAUUCAGUUUUACUUGCACCUGUGCGUGGUGGAAGCAAUAAUGUGCAAGACUUCCCUCCCGGAUAACCGCUGUUAUAUUAGCACACUGUGUUCUGAUGGAACCUUGAUGCCAAUUGCUUCAUAUGCCUGAGGGUCCCUGUACGACUAUAUAUGCCACACCUAUGGUAUCUCCGGACUUCAGGGCUGCUUACCACCCCAGCCCCCGCCAAGAAAAGAAAAAAGCAGCUAUCGGGUACAUGUAUCUCCAGCUUUAGUGAACAGAUGAUUCCAAGCAAGCCCUGCCAGCAGGGCCCUGUUAAAAGCUGCCAGUUCUGCUGUAUUUCUACCAAUUCCUAGAUAAUGAUGGCUGAGCAUUACUCCACCCACUGAAGAUGGCUGCUGUGCACCUCUGACAUCAGCCACAGAGUUUCUGGUAGUUUGCAUAUUGCUGUUGUACUGAAACGCUGUGGUGUAUUUACAUGUAUCUGAUCAUGUACAGUAAGUCUAGGUGUAAAAGAAAAGUAGAUGUAAGCUCCCUACUGAUCUGCUCACACGUUUUCAAAUCUGCCUCACAAAAGAAAACCCUGUACAUAUUAAGGACUGAUAUCACACAAUAAGCGGUAUACUAUUAGCUGUGGUAAAACAUCGGGCGCGUCUUGCGCCGGGUUAUCGGGGCUAAUAGGAUAGGCCUGGAGAGACCUUUAGCCGGCUAAUAGGAUACCGCUCAAUGCAUUGCUUUAUUACUAUGUAGCACUUACAUAAAACGCUUGAUGCAUUUACAGCAUUGACCAUCUUAUUUAUACUUCUGCUCCCUAGAUCCAAAACAUUAAAGGAUAUGUCCACCUUUCUCUCGUUCAGGCCUAGCCAACCUGUGGCUCUCCAGAUGUUGUGAAACCUCCUAUCCCAGCUUGCCCUGCCACAGUUUUAGCAUCCGCUAAUAGCAAAACUGGCCGGGCAUGCUGGGACUUGUAGUUUCACAACAGCUGGAGAGCCACAAGUUGGCCAGCCCUCUGCUCUAGUUAGACUAUAGCCCCAUCUAAUGUUUAUCAUUUUGUUUACAUCUUCUUUACCUUGUAAUCACAUUGAUGUCUGUGUACAGCUGGCCUUAGCCUCAGUGUCUCUGUUGCAGAAGGCUGUGUGUGGUGUAUGUACGGUACUUACUGGGAACAGAGCAGAGAUGUGGGUCACCUGUUUUAAGUAAAGUGAAGGUGGACAUAUAUUGUGACUUUCAUUUGUCCACAUUCUCCAUGCUGUGGACAAAGGCGAUGUGUGUUUAAAUGCCUUAAAACCCAUCUGUAUGCAUUCCGCCAUGUUAAAAGCACAUAACCCUCUCACGCGCUUUGUAAUGUCCAUCUAUAUGCAUCUCAUACACAUUUUAUUAAAUAGAUUUAAAGUCUAUUACAAAGUGAAAUAUGGGGGGAAAACACCUCUCAUCAUCUGGUUUGUAUUCUAGGGAUGUAGGCAUUCUAGCAGUGGCCCCUCUGCUAGUAAGGGAUCCCUGCCUCUGAAUCCUUUAUAGAUAUGUCUGGACAUCUUAGCAGACCUCUUCGUCUAUAAUCCAGUGGUGUGUGUGGGCUAGAUUUUUAUUGCAAUGUAGAAUCCCUACAUGCCGGAACAUACAUAUUUGGCUGCUCCCAUUCCGUAAACUGCUGCUGCUUUUUUACUUCGUCCAUCUGACUUCCAAAGCCGCUUGCGCCCCGUCUGUCUCCUCAGUGCGGCAGAGGGAUUUCAGAGUUUCCUGCCCGAUUUCCCCUUGGCCCAACUCCAUAGCGCUAUAUAGGGAUCUUAGUCUGGUUGUGUAUAUAUGCAGUGUACAGUGUGUAAAGUAGUAGCAAACGGAUUACUAUUUGAACCAGCUUUACCUCGCUUGAAGUUACUCUGUGCUAUGUAUUUGUAUAUAUCUCCUCCUCACUGGACUUUUGCUGCUGAACCAAGAUUAAUUACUUAGACUUUGAGUACUUGGGUAAUGGCAAAUGUCUCCUGAACAUAUGAGCAGCGCUUUCUGACGUGUAAAAUGUCACCCAACAAGUGCAGGCAGCGAUACAAAUAUGGUAUAGAUUCCACUAGGAAGCCAGUGCUUAUCCCUGUGCACGCACAUGACACGCCUCUGAUGUCACUAGUUCUGAGUGAUUUCAUAGGCUGGAUCUAGGCUUCGCUCGCUGUGUAGGUGACUGGGUACAGUUUACAAUCAUGAAUGAUGUGCUGCAGUCACAUAUCGUACUUCUAUAGAAAACUGCAAACAUUGAAUGGAUUCUUCUAUGCCAGGGGGGUGGGGAUCAGCCUUGCAACCUGCACGCAUAACAGUUACUCUAUCAACAGACUGAAUAAUCCUUUAGAGUCUUAAGAUGGUGAGGUAAUAGAUACCAAGUGUUUUAUAUUUUUUUAAAAAGCUAUUAAGAUAAAUCUUUUUAAGUGACCCAAAAAGAAAAAAAAAAAACACCUCACUGCUUUCACCCAGCUUGGUGUCAAAGAUUAACACCACCCAUUUCCCAACCACCCUACAUGUUUUCCAGUUCCACUUAAUUUUAUCUCCUCUUUGCCCUCCUUAAACUAUGUGAUUGUACUAGCUCUUAUCUGGAAGAAUUCUCAUUUAAAUAAUAAAAAAAAUGUUAAAAAAAAUAAAAGAAAAUAAAGCAAAAUAUGCUUUUCUCAAA